AUGGCUACUCAGCGCACAGAGUUCUCGGAUGAGGAACUUGAGAAGUUCCAGGAGUUCUACGAUCUGGCGGAGGGAGAUAUUGAGGUGGAGUUUGAAUACCAAUGCGACCUGUUCGAUCAAUACUUCCCCACACCUGAAAAGGCUGGAGACUACAACGACUGGUACGACCUUUACAAGGAGAAGGAGCGGGCGCUACAGUUUCCCUCCGCCACCAGGUCCCAACUCACGGAGCCGGUUUCCGAGCUCAUCACUGCUGCACCAUUAGACACCUAUAAAUCCCGGUUGGCGAACACAGACUUCAACAAUAUCCACGAUGUUGCCGGGCUGAACGACCUCAUGAACUGCGGCUUCCAUCCCCACAUCCCGGUUGGCUACACUCAGGAAACAAAGAAGGUGGCUUUCCGUUUGGUGCCUACAACGACCAUCCUGUAUCCCACCAAGGAAACGGCCUGGAACCACGGCCCCGAUACGGUGAUAACGCCGCCCAUGUUUCUGGGCAUCAACCAUACCGUGAUCCUCAACGAGAUUUACGGCGAUAAGGAGUUCAUGAUGGAGGAGAUCGAUGCCGUGAACCGCUACCUGCACGACGGGGACGAGCACGGUUUCGACUUCGAGGGCUUACCUGAGGAUGAGAACGAGCUUCUGCACUGCUUGAUUGAGAUCGUGGAUAGUUUCUCCGUUGGACACAACCGCUUCGGCAAGUACGGCAAAAACGCUCCCGUCAAGUCUUCAACACAAAAGAGUCCUGGCAUAGACUACGCGUCCAGUUCUGCUUCGGAGGGCUCAACGGUACCCUUGGACGAAGUACCUUCGAAGUCUUCAGCACGCCGAAUUCGUGAUUUUGAGAAAAGCACAGAGGAGUCGACCAGAACAGGCGACUCAGACUCUACCAACGAUCACACUGGGUUCGUCUUCUACCAACUCGGCAGACUCCAAUUCUGCGAGUCGCUUCCCGACGUCCUCACCACCGACAAAGACGUGAUCCACACAAAGCACUGGGAGUCGACCGAAUACGUUCUCGUAGCCGAGGUAGGGUUCUACGGCAAACUGGGCGCGGUGUGGUUGCUGUGGAACUUCUGGCUCCGCGACGGCGAUGGCGAUUACUGGUCGCCGCCAUGGGAGAACUUCCCCGGCACGCGACACCAUUUCUCAGGCGCAAGGAUCGCGGACUGCUUUGACCAGCUCGGAGUGGCCAGGGAGAUCAAGAUCCCGAAGAGCCCUGCUCAUCGUUUCACCGAGGACUUCGAGCUCGUGGGUUGUUUCAGGCUGCCAGAUGAUGGGAACCGGCUUGUGCGCCAGUGGGUUGUUGAUCGGUCGGUGCCGCGCCAGAGGUCGAGUGCUACUUGA